UGCAAACGCUGCUGCAUCCAGUGUGCAGGAGGCAUUACUGCAAUCAAAUUUCGACGAUUGAAAACAAGUUUGAGAUACUUGUCGUUGACGCCCUAAUUGCUGGAAGUUGAACAAGUCGAAGAAAUCACCGGCUGAAUCAAGGAGGAUCGGAUGAAUGGCUGAAUUAAUUAAAGUGUAUCAGGCUUGUUGAAUUUGCCAACUCGUAAGCUGAAUUAGUGAGUCAAAGUGUUCUGACCGAUAUAAUGUGUCGUUUCCGUAUGUUCUGAUUAAUCGGAUAGAGCAAAAUUUGGUAGGCUUUUAAGAGUUGAACUAACGCGAAUGCGAAUGUUGUAUCGAGAUCUGUGAAUUAUCUUUCACAAGUAUGUCUGGAACACUGAAACCCUAUUUGACAGCAGUCAGGCGUACGCUUACCGCCGCUAUGUGCCUGGAGAACUUCUCCUCUCAAAUUGUGGAAAAACAUAACAAGCCAGAAGUAGAAGUAAGGGCGAGUAAAGAACUGCUUUUGACACCCAUUUUGAUCAGUAGAAAUGAUAAAGAGAAGGUCUUGAUUGAAUCCAGUAUAAAUAGUAUGAGGAUAAGCAUUGCUGUAAAACAAGCUGAUGAUCUAGAAAAGAUUCUUUGUCACAAUUUUACAAGAUUCAUGACAAUGAGAGCUGAACAUUUUAUGAUUCUUAGAAGAAAACCAGUAGAGGGAUACGACAUUAGUUUUUUAAUUACUAAUAUUCAUGUAGAACAAAUGUACAAACAUAAGAUAGUAGAUUUUGUCAUUCACUUUAUGGAAGAAAUUGAUAGAGAAAUCAGUGAAAUGAAACUAUCGGUUAAUGCUAGAGCACGCAUAUGUGCAGAGGAAUUCCUAAAAAGGUUUUAAUUCAUUAUUGGUCAUUAUGUAUCUGUUGGAAGAAUCAUGGAAUAUGCAUCGUUGGUAUUGUUCAGAGGAUCGUUGUACAACUUCUAGCAACUCGGAUAAGAUUAAGAGACAUUUUUAUAAAGUAUCUAGUGACGUGUCCUCAUCUACAUGCCACUUAGAUUGUUCCAUAUUAAAUGGAUCAGUGUAUAAAUCAUUAACAUUAAUUUACUUUAAAUCUUGUUAUACGAAAAUACAAACGAUACUAAACGAAAAUAUCGUUAUUUAAAUUUUUGUGAGAAAUUUUUUUUUAUGUAUUUGUUUAGUAUAAGUCUGAAACCAAUUGUUCGCAUUCAAUGAAUUAUGAAAAAAGUUAAUAGUGUAUCAUAAGUAGUUCUAAGCAAAACCUCGAAUUCAAGUAUAAAAAUUCUCUUUAGAAUAAAUCAGUUAAUUUGGAA